AUGGCAAGGCUCACUGAUGAUUCUGACUACGAGGCCGGCGAAACGUCUGAGAAUGUAUCAAGUCCACGGUCGGAUGCUAGGAAUCAAGACAACUACUACGGCAGACGACUUCGCGAUGCCGGCGAAACGUUUGAGAAUGUAUCAAGUCCACUGUCAGAUGCUGGGAAUCAUGACAACUACUAUAGCAGACGACGUCCACUGUCAGAUGCUGGGAAUCAUGACAACUAUUCGGCAUGCCGGCGAAACGUUUGA